CCGGGUACAUACUACAUCUACAUCGACAUCUACCUCGAGACCUGACCGUAUCUUGCAGCCAUUCUAUAAUCCCUGCAAGUCUUGGAAACACUCUGCGUCGACCAUGUUCAAACAAGCUCUUCGACCGCUCGUACGCGGCUACGCGACCGCCGCCGCUCAGCUCAACAAGGAGGUCAAUGGGUUUGUCGGUGCCGUCGGAAAUACGCCUCUGAUCCGGCUCAACCGUCUCUCCGAAGAGACCGGCUGCAAUAUCCUCGCCAAAGCCGAAUUCAUGUCUCCAGGCGGGUCCAUCAAAGACCGUGCCGCCCUCUGGCUGGUAAAGAACGCUGAAGCCCAAGGCCUGCUCCAACCGGGUGGGACCGUCGUCGAAGGGACCGCGGGGAACACGGGGAUCGGCCUUGCACACGUCUGUAGGAGUAAAGGGUAUAAAUGCGUCAUCUACAUGCCGGAUACGCAGAGUCAGGAGAAGAUCGACCUCUUGAGGAUGUUGGGAGCGGACGUGAGGCCGGUCCCCGCGGUAGCGUUCGAUAACCCGCAAAACUAUAACCAUCAGGCCAAACGAUAUGCGGAUAGUUUGGAGAAUGCCGUAUGGACGAACCAGUUUGAUAAUAUCGCCAAUCGACAGGCGCAUAUCGAGACGACCGGACCGGAGAUCUGGGCUCAGACGGGAGGGAAGAUUGACGCGUUCACCUGUGCGACGGGGACGGGAGGGACGUUGGCGGGCACGGUCAGGUUCUUGAAGGAGAAGAGUGAGGGGAGGGUACAGGGGUUCUUGGCUGAUCCGCCGGGGAGCGUGCUUUACAAGUUGGUCGAGAAUGGAAAGGCCGAGCGGGAAGGAACUGGGUCGAUCACCGAGGGUAUCGGCCAGGGCCGACUCACCGCCAACCUCGCCCCCGACCUCUCGCUCCUCUCCGGGGCCGUCCACGUCCCAGAUUCCGAAUCGAUCAAGAUGGUCUACCGAUUACUAGACGAAGAGGGUCUUUACGUCGGCGCUUCGUCCGCUCUGAACGUCGUCGCUGCUACGAUGGUUGCGAAGAAGUUGGGGAGGGACAAGACGGUGGUGACGAUGCUCUGUGAUGGGGCUUAUCGAUACCAAACCCGUCUCUUCUCGCGAGUAUGGCUUCAAUCGAAAAAGCUGGAUACGGCCAUCCCGGAGCAUUUGCAGAAAUACGUCGUCUUGCCUUGAUUCGAUUCGAUGUACGAAUAUCUCGCUUUGCAUACAUACAUGACCCAUACCAUCUAUCAUCUUCAACUAUUCACUCGGCGGGCUAGCCGAUAUUUGGCGGGGCCUUGUUGAUCGUGUUGCGCAGAACGAUCAGGCA